AUGGAUUCUAUUACUGUUGCUAAAUCAUCUGGUGUUGAUAUAAAUUUUCGUUCCACUAUAAGAUCAUAUGAUAAGAUUUGUGUAUUUGUUUGUGGAAGUAUCCAAAAUCAAGAAACACUCUAUUCAAAUUCCAAGCAAGAUGCUUACCCAUCAACUUCAUUCACAACAAACCAUGUAGACUAUGUAAUGAAAAUCUUAAUAAUGAUCCAUAUGGUCAUCUAUUUUUCAAAUGUAAAAAAACUCUGA